AUGCGCGGUCAUGCGCACCGGGUUGCUGGGCAACGGCUAGCGGCGCGGAGGCCGGGGGUCGGGGUCGGUGCGGGAGCUGCCGGAGCGAGCGGGGAGGGAGGGGCCGCGGAGAGGGUCCUCGGGCCGCAGCACCGCGGGCUCAUCGUGGCCGCUCUCGCGAGGGCGCCAAGGCGGGGACGGUGUCCGGACGUGGUGACCGGGCGGCGCCCGCAGGUAGGGGUCCCGGAGAGCCUGGGAAUCCGGGCGCGCUGGGCGCUCGGGGCGACUGGUCCAGACACCUGGGAGGGCCACCGCGACGGGCCGCCGGUGGUCGCCGUCGCUACCGAGCCCGGGCGCGGUUUACAACGGGUCGCUUCGCACCGGAAGGCGCCGCCCCCCCGGCGGCUCCGCUCCCUGCGCGAGGACUGCCGCGGCCGACGGCUCCGCCCCGACGCCGGCUCCGCCCCCUGCGCGAGGACUGCCGCGGCCGACGGCUCCGCCCCCCCGGCGGCUCCGCCCCCUGCGCGAGGACUGCCGCGGCGGACGGCUCCGCCCCGACGCCGGCUCCGCCCCGACGCCGGCUCCGCCCCCUGCGCGAGGACUGCCGCGGCCGACGGCUCCGCCCCGACGCCGGCUCCGCCCCCUGCGCGAGGACUGCCGCGGCCGACGGCCAAGCGACACGAGGACCUGACGCGCGCCCCGAGUCGUCGGGACGCCGCGGGCGUGACGGGGCAAAGCUGUCAGAGCUCCCGGAGGAGAAGCUGCGGGGAACUGCGGCCCGUGCGGAGAAACGCCCGGCGGGCCGUGAGCCCUGGCGGCCGGGCGCGCGAGGAAGGUUCUGGAAGGGCCCCCGGCGGUCUGGAGACCCCGGCCCACGUGUGCGGUCGGCGCCGCCCCGAUGGCACGGGCGGAGGCUUCUCACACGCGCCUUGAGGCCAGAAGGGACCGCGAGCGCAGUGAGGACGCCCCGCGGCUGUGUCCGCCGGCGCCACGUGUGCGGCCCGCAGCGGCCGGAGGCCCGUGUCCGACCCCGAUGCGCGUCCGGGUCCCUCUGGUCCUCACGGCCGCGUCUCGAGCUCCCCGCGGCCACGGCUGUUCGCUUCCGUCUCGUCCUCGGGCGCUGCACCUGCCUGAAGCCGAACGCACCAGGUCGCUGCUUCCGCGGGAUUCACGGGGACCCGGGGCAGAACCAGCGCUUGCAGCGUGUCUUCUGCACGGAGGCCCCCUCGGGAGCUGCGCACAGCGGGUUUCAUCGGGGACUGUCAUCACGCUGUUUCCUGGGGACGCGGCUGACAGUCCGAGGCGGCCUGUGUCCGGCGCAGCCAGAGCGAGGCUGGACGCUUGUCGGCCCCUGCGGCCUGUCCUGCGUGUCCCAGACCGACCGCCGGCGGCCCGUACACCGUGUGCCCCAGGGCGCACGCGGUUCCCCACAACCGUGCGCCGCGCUCCGGAGGGCCCGUGCCGCUCUGUCCCGGAGUGUCGCGUGUCCCGUCCCUCUCUUCCGACCUGCACAUCCCGGUGUCCGUGCUCUCUCCCUGAGACGCGCUUCACUGACUGCGCUGCGCGGGGCCCCGCCGGGGCAGCGUGUGCCUUCGGCCCAGGUGGUCGUCUGGGGUCCUGCGGUCGAGCCGGCAUGGAGCUCGCUGCUCGGCGGGGAGUCUGCUGCUCCCUCUCCGUGCACUCUCAAGUAAAAUCUUCAAAAAAAGUAUUUUCCUUAACUAUUCUCUGAUCUUUUAAGUUUCAAAUUUGUUGUACGUAUUUAUGUACGUAUUUAUGAUGUUCUCCUUCCAGUCCAUAUGCUCCCUCCAGCCCCCUGGAUCUUGGACGGCAGGACCCCACCCGUCACGACUGGCGUGAGUCCCGCUGGAAUCCAGUGCGUCGCCUAGAUCGGUGCUCUCUGGGCAUCCCCUAUCCGGCAGACCCUCAAACGAAUCUUCCCUCUGGACUUCAUAAGAGAUGUUGACACGCUCUCUAACUUGCAC